AUUGAUGGCAUAAUGCCCAAUAUUACCUCCACAUCUGACUUCCUGCUCUUGGAAUUCUCUGACAUCAGAGAACUACGGAUCUUACACUUUUUUGUGUUCUUCACAAUAUACUUGAUUGCAGUGACUGGCAAUCUUCUUAUCAUCCUUGCUGUAGCCCUGGAACAUCAUCUGCACACCCCCAUGUACUUCUUUCUCAUGAACCUGGCCAUUCUGGACCUUGGCUCAGUUUCUGUCAUGUUACCCAAAGCCAUGGCCAAUUCCCUCCUGAACAGCAGGUCAAUUUCUUAUGCCGGAUGUGUAGCUCAGGUUUUCUGCCUCCUCCUAUCAACAGGGGCAAAUUUUUCCAUCCUAACUGUAAUGGCGCAUGAUCGAUAUGUGGCUAUCUGCAAUCCAUUGCAAUAUGAGGCAAUUAUGCACAGAGGAGCCUGCAUUCAGAUGGCAGCAGGAGCAUGGAUUGCUGGUAUACUCAAUGGUAUGUUGCAUGCUGGAGGAACAUUUGCCAUCACAUUCUGCUCCAACAUGAUUGAUCAGUUCUUCUGUGAAAUACCACAGAUUCUAAAACUCGCCUGUUCUGACAUGUAUCUAGAAGUUGGUAUGAUCAUGCUUUCCUCUUCACUUGCAAUAGGAGGUUUCAUCUUCAUCAUUGUCAGCUAUGUGCAGAUUUUUAGAGCAGUGCUCAGAAUCCCUUCUGUGCAUGGUCAGAAAAAGGCCCUCUCCACUUGCCUUCCCCACCUCAUUGUGGUGUCUUUGCUUAUAUUUACUGGUAUCAUUACCUAUGUGAGGCCUCGCAGUUACUCUUCUUCUGAACUGAAUGUUCUUUUUGCAAUAAUGUACUCUAUAGUCCCUCCCAUGCUCAAUCCAUUCAUCUAUAGCAUGAGAAACAAAGAAAUCAAGACUGCAUUGUUGAAACUCUCUGAUUUGAAGCAUAUCUCUAAAUUAAUUGCAAGCUAA